AUGGCUCAGUUAAUAGAAGAACCAACCAGGGUUGCGAGAACAUCUGCUACUAUAAUUGACCUUAUUCUGACGAAUGUUCCUGAAAAAAUUUCUCAUGCUGGCGUCUUUCACGUUGGUAUAUCAGAUCAUAGCCUAAUAUAUGCAGUUCACAAAUUCAAACCACUUAAACGAAGGCCGACUAUUAAAAAAGUUCGUAAUUUUAAACACUUUUUUUCUGAAACAGAAUUUAUAUCAGACCUAACCAAUAUUCCUUGGCAAACAACAAGUGAUCCAAACUUGAGUUGGAAUAAGUGGAAGGAACUACUUAUCGGAACACUAGAUAAACAUGCUCCUGUUAGACAUAUAAGAUCAGGGAAACACACCACUCCGUGGAUGACAGCGGAAAUAAGGUCAGCUAUGAGAAGAAGAGACUACCAUAAGAAAAAGGCCAUAAAAUUGAAAUCUGAUUCACAUUGGCAUAAUUAUAAGAGUUUGCGUAAUAAAGUUAAUAAACUAAUACGUGAGACAAAAUCUACUUUCUAUAUCAACAAAAUAUCUGAAUGUGCAGAAACUAAGGAUUUAAAAAAAUGCUGGUCUACAAUAAAUUCCCUGCUAGGGAAACAAAAUAAAUCCAAUUAUAUUAGCGAGCUCAAAGUUGGUGAAAAUGUCAUCACAGACCCUAAUCUCAUUGCGGAGCAUUUUAAUACACACUUCAUCAACAUUGGAGUGUACCCUGAUGAAAAUGAUACGCCAAACGAUUGUGGAGAAAAUCUUGAUUUCUCUGACACAAACAUCCAUUCCCAAACUAAUAAUAAAUUUAAUUUUUCUCUCAUUACGGUUGAUAGUGGCCUCUGUAAUUUGAAACACCUUAAAGCAAAUAAAUCCUCUGGCCUAGAU